AUGCGCCUCAGCCUGACACCUCCGGACAGCGCGCUCCCCUCCCCCGCGCGCCCGCCCGCGCCCGCCCCCGCCCCGCGGGCCCGCGCCCCGCGCCCUGCCCUCAUCCGCGUUCACCUGCGCUCCACUUCGCCUGCCUGCGCGGCCCGGCGGCGGGAGGGAGUCUCUCAGAGGCUCCUCCUCCGCGGCUCGGCUCCCUGCCGCUUGGCUGCCGCAUCUCCCGCCAGUACCUUCCUGUCCCCUCCCGCCUUCAAAUCCCGAUCGCAGGGGCGUCAGGCCGCGGCUCAUGCCCGGCGUACGGCCAAUUUGUGCCUGCUUGGGCGAGCACAGAGUGGCCAGGAAGUGGCCAUCCUGCGGCGCAUCCUGGCUGUCCCGCCAAGGCCUGAAGGAACCGGGUGCUUUCCUAAGAGGCGCGGGGACCAAAAGGGCCCGCCCCUGCGGGAGGAGCGCAGCUUCGGCUGGAGAGCUGGCCAAUGGGAGGCGAGGACGGCAGCACAACGUGGAGCGGCUGCAGAAUGUAAACACAGCCCGGCGCGCGUCCGGCCACGUGUGUCCCCCCGCGCCACCCGUCGGGCCUGUGGGACCACCGGGAGCGCUGUGGCACCCCAGGGCAGCCAUGCUCCGGGAUGCCUACUUGCACUGUGCUGCAGCCCGCAGGCCGAGAUGAGGAAGCCAAGGCACAGAUGUGCCCAAGACUCAGAGUGGAAUCUGAUCUAGAGCCUCUGUGCUAUGCCGCCUCCAGGUGUGAUCCCUGCUCCAGCCAAACCAGUCUACCAUAUCCCAGGAACUGAUCCUGCACAUUCCUUCCUCUGUGUUCCCUUCAGGGGCCUCUUUAUGGUAGCCAUUGAUUUUGGUGACCCAGCAUGUAUUUCUCCCUCUCCCUUUCUAGUAUCAGAA